AUGUAUGCGGAGAAUCAUGGUUUCGGGGCAGAUUACAUGUGGGACAGAGAAAAGAAUCGCGCAUUUCGGAAAGGCGUAACAAACAGUACGGAUAACAAAUGGUGGUGGUCCGGAGAUAUAGCGCCUGCUUGGUAUACCGCUGGCAAAUCAAACAUCGACGUGCACUGUUACUGGAUACCCGGAUGUGAUCUACCGUUUCGGGAUAUGAUCGUGCGGGUACCACGUGAACGUAAAUACAGUGGUUCAGAUCCAGAACAAACCAACGCAGUAGAAAGUUACUUUCCUGAGAUUGUUGAACGAAUUGUUAAAUAUCAAUCAUACAAACAGCAAUUUUUCUUACUUCGAUAUGCUGGCGUGCAGGCCGCGUUGGAAACUUUUGGAAGGCACAGUGGCGAAGCAAAGCAAGCGCUAAAAGCAGUUGAUCAUCAUCUUCUUCAAUUACAGGUAUUCAAGUGCUGA